AUGGGGCCGCCCCGUUUUGCGAUAAUUGUAUUCACUCGCACCACGCAAUAUCGAUACCAGACGUUUAACGCGAUAAGCGCUCUGCUCAAUAGACGGUCGGAGCACAUAUUGGUCUUGUCACGAAGCACAACAAGAUACUUGGGUUUGGUAUCAUUGGCACCCAUUGCGCACGCGUGGUGGACUUUCCGGGAUGGCCGCCACCGAACUUAUCGUUUCUUCCCGCCGAACCUCGCUAAUUGCGAAGAAGCGCCGUCUCAGUCUUUCGGGCAACUCUGGGAGCAAUCGGUUUAUCAUGCCGGACAGCUAUACAAAGGACCACCGACACUUUAUACCGGCUUUGGGGGCAGCAAUGUGGAUGACCUUGGCCAGAUAUGCUGUGCCGCGUUGACUUGGAAGGGAAAGUCCACACUUUGCCAAAGGACUCGUCAGCAUUGGUCUAUCAACGCUCUCUGA